CCCGCUGACCCCGCGACCCUGUCCCGCCUCGCGGAAGGUUAAAAACCCGUCCGGAGUUUCAGAGUCCAAAACGGCCCAGAGAAGGGCCGUGUCCCCGUCGAGGGCGCGGACCAAUCGCGCGCGUGCCAGUGCGAAGGACGCACGGAAGGGUCGCGGCCAAUGAUCGGCGUUCGAUAAGUACGAUAAGGGACGAUUACGCGACAUCGCUUCGAACUCGUGUUCGCCGAGGUUUUCGUUCGCUCUCGUACGAAUCGCUGGAAAUCGGUUUGUUCCCCGUUUGCCCCACGUCUCUUCCUCCUUCCUCCUUGUUGCGACAAUUCUCGUUUCUCGAAUUUUUUGUCUUUGCAUCGCACAAAGCGGAAUCGAGCGCAUUUUUGUGAAAAUUGAAGGUGGGCGGCCUGAAGUAAACAUUUACACCUUUUUCCUCUUCUCUCUACGCGUAAUUUAUAUAUAAGAAGAGAGAGACCAUAGCACAGCAGGGCCACAGCUGUAAAGAUCAGACCUAAGGAGUUAAGGAGCGUCCAAGUGGAAAAGUAUGAUUACACUGAGAUAAAGGGAAUAGAGAAAAACGAAACCCAAUAAUAAACUGAUGUUGAGCUUCUUGAAGAAUAAACAUUUAAAUAAGAAAUUGUGAGAGCGUCCAGUUUAGAGAGGAACACCUGUCUUGUCGAUUCACAGACGAAUCAUAGAUAUUCUAAGGGUAUAUUUUUCUCUGAGGCAUUGUUGAUUACAAAUUGAAGGGAUCAUGAGUGUGCCGGACGUUGUUUAUCUCAUUUCUUCAAGAAAUAACGCUUUUAUAUGGAACGCCGAUGAUUGGCUUAGGCUUCGACGGGAUCACAGAAUAAUCGGCGAAUUAGUGGGCUCCUUCUCAAAAUCAACUAGACAAGAGGUAUUUUUAGGUCUCCCAUUGCUUUUGCUGCCAGAAGAGAUCACUCUGUUGCUCGAAAAGAAAAUCGCUUGCCUCGUGGAGUGUACAAGUCUAAAGGCACGGCCGGAUGAAUCGUUAAGCCGAAAAUUUCAGGAGUAUAGAGACAAGCUGUUCUUGGAGCAAGCGGACUGUUUGAAAGACAACAGAAAGAGACAACUUACCUCAAUGAUGGACAAAAUUGUAGAAGGAAAGAAGCGCAAGAUGUUAGGCUUGCAUACAAGCAAAAAGAACAUGAAGAAGCCAUUGGAUAAGAAGACGCAGGAAGCCAUGGAUAAUAUUGAAAUUGAUCCUAAAAAUCUGCUUGAAGAGGAACUGGCUAAAUUGCCUAAGCUGAGCAAAAACGAGGCACUUGUUCAAAUACAUACAGCUUAUCCAUGGUCUGGCAGAGAUGACGUAAAAACAGUGGAAUGGAAAUAUCCACUGACAUCCGAUCAGCAACUUAAAUACAAGGUGUACAAAGAUCUUUGGGAGAGACAAUAUUAUAUCACCAGCGGGGAAAAAUUCGGCGGCGACUUUCUGGUGUAUCCAGGUGAUCCGAUAAUGUUCCACUCACAAUACUUAGUACAGUGUAAACGCAAGGACGAAGAUAUACCUAUUACGGAAAUUGUGGCUCAGUGCAGACUCGGUUGUCACGUUAGAAAGACAUUAGUGUUUGCUACGUAUCACGAAGAAGAAGAUAAAGUGAAGUAUCAAUCUCUUCAGUGGACGGAAUGUAGUGUAUUAGAAGACAGCUGAUGUAACAAAGAAUUAUUCUAUUUAAAAGAUGUUUAUUUAUAUUUUU